UUCGACUCCUCUGCCAUCGCUACUGGUGUUGAAGAUCUUGACGUCGGACGAGAUGGCGGCCCUGGGGCGGCACUAGCAAGGGGAACAGCGUCGGUUGCCAACGUCGGAGGUGAGCUCCAGAUUUCGGCGCAGGCUAACGGGCUACUCCUCUCUGAGUGCCUAUUCCUUCCCGUCGACUCUGUUAUGGAUGAUGCGGUUCCCCACGUUGUUCACGUGAGUUUAACUUUCUGGUUUGAACCGUGCUUUGCCCUUUAUGCCUGUUUCCUCCUGCCAUUCCUAAAUGCUAAAAGUCGAGGCCUGUACUGUCGCGAACGCCGGUGCGACAACUCGGUGCGUAGGUCAGAUUUCGACGACACCUUUACUAUGACAUUUUACUAA